GGCUGCCGCCACCACCACCGCCGCCUCCUCCCUCCUCCUUCCUCCCUCCUCCUCCUCCUUCCUCCUCCCUUGCUUUCACGGGGGCGGGGGGGGAGGCAAUCAGAGGCCGGAGAAGCCAUCGCGAAGAGAGAGAGAGAGGCGAGAGAGAAAGGGGACAGCUCCCUCCCACCUCACCACCUCCUCUACCCCAUCGCUGGCGGAAGAAUACAAAUCGCUGUGACACACGAGGAGGAGGAGGACGAGGAGGAGGAGGAGGGAGCCGUUCCCAGUCCCGCUUGGGGCCGACUCGCCCCGACUCGUGCCCGUCCUCGCAAGGCCGACAAUGGACGAAUUCCAGGCGGCGGCGGCGCAGUUCCUGCCGGACGACCCGACGGCCCUGCGCGAAGCAGCACGCAACCACAACCUCUACCACAUGUGGCGGGAGAUCUGGGCCCGCAGCGGACGCGUCACCAAGGAGUGGAACCCCUAUGGGCUGGAGAGCCCCCAGGCCGACCCCAUGCCCAGCAUGCCCAAGGGCCCCGGGCCUGGGCCGGGCGCCCCCUGCGUGGCACAGAUGGGCAAGGAGAGCCCCAUGUCGGCGGGCGUCCACGGCAUGCAGCCGCCGCCUCCGCCGCUCAGCGUCGGCAUGGACAAGGCCAAGGACCCCGACCCCAUGCCGGAGUUCCCGGCCGCCAGCCCCCCCAGUUUCCCGAGCAUCAUGGGCGGCCUGCGCCUGACGCAGAGCCCCCGCGCCCGCAAGACCCGCUCGGAGCAGCAGGUGCCACUCGGGGAAGAAGCCGGCUCUCACGUCAUGUCAAGCUGCCCGGCCCCUGAUCCGCAACAACAACAACAACAGCAGCAGCAGCAACAGCAGCAACAGCAGCAGCAACAGCAACAGCAACAGCCGACGCAGACCGGCACCCCGGGGCCCACGGUCGAGCCCCUCGACUGCGGCGCCGACACCGGAGCCGGCCCAAACGGCGGCGUGGACGGCCCCGGCGGCCCCGGCGGGGGAGGCGCGGGAGUGGUGGGCGGGGGCGGCGGCGGCGGCGGCGGCGGCGCGGUGGGCGGAGUGGUGGGCGGAGUGGUGGGCGGGGGCGGCGGCGGCGGCGGCGGCGGCGGCGUGCUGGUGACCAAGGACGGCGGGGGAGCGGCGGCCUGUGAGCUGCUGCCGCGCCGCUCGUCGCACGUCAAGGAGAAGCGCUACAAGUGCGCCGACUGCGGCAAGCUCUUCCGCCAGUCCACCGACCUGUUCCGCCACCAGUCGCUGCACACGGGCGAGCGGCCCUUCCAGUGCGACCAGUGCGGCAAGAGCUUCGCGCUCACGCGGGACCUGGCGCGCCACCAGCGCACGCACACGGACGAGCGCCCCUACGUCUGCGAGCAGUGCGGCAAGAACUUCCGCCUGCCCGAGGAUGUGCUCAAGCACCAGCGCAUCCACACGGACAAGAAGCCGUACCAGUGCGACACGUGCGGCAAGGCGUUCCUCCGCUCGCACGAGCUGCUGAGUCACCAGCGCGUUCACACAGGUGAGCGGCCGUACCGCUGCGACAAGUGCGGAAAGACCUUCCGCUGGUCGCACAGCCUCAUCGGGCACAAGCGCACGCACAGCGCCGAGAAGAGCUUCCACUGCCGCACGUGCGGAAAGAUGUACAAGCACCGCGCCUCUCUGGCCCUGCACCAGAAGUCGCACAAGUCCGGCGCGCAGCCGGGCGGCGUGGCCGGUGCCGACGCGCGGGACAAGCCGCCCGCGUUUCCCGACGCCUCCCCCAACAGCUUCCACUCGGACUUCGGGCAAGGAAGCCAGGGCGGGGAAGGGCGGGUGGGAGUGCAGCAGCAGCAGCAGCAGCAACAGCAGCAGCAGCAGCAGCAGCAGCAGGGAGCCGCGGGUAGCGCCGCCGGCGGCAGCGGCGGCGGCGGCGGCGGCGGCGGCGCUGCUCAGGCGGUGCGCGAGGACGGCAAGGAGGAGCACCCCUGCGCGCUGCCGCCACUGCAGACCAACAGCCGCGGGGAGGUGACCUUCCGCUGCGGCGAGUGCGGCAAGUGCUACCUGUGGCCGCCCUACUUCCGGCAGCAGCCUCGCCCGUACUGGUGAUUUUUUUUUUGGGGGGGCGGGGGGGGGGCGGUGGCGGUGGAGGGUUGCGGGGUUGCGGGGUUGGGGGGGGGGGCCCCAGCUGCGGCCAACCCUCGCUGCGAGCUCUGACCGACCUUGCUUAGUCCGGCCCGAGAGCCGUCCCAUCAUCGGGCCCCGCCGACGACGACGAUGAAGGAACAUCGGCCGACCCGCCCCGGGGAGAGCCGCCUUGGUGGCGGCGGUGGUGGCGGUGGUGGGCGGUGGUGGGGGGGGCGGUGGGGGGGGGCGGUGGGGGGCAAGAGAGGGAGCGGCGGCGGCGGGCGUUGAGUUGGCGGGCAGAAGUAGAAGACUCCGCCACACUUCACCUUAGCUUCUUUCGUUUGUUGUUUUGUUUGGUGGGAGUUUUUGGACGCGAGAGUCGAGGUGACGCCGGCGGCGGCGCUCCCCAAGUAACCCCAGUGGUUUAUUUGAAGGCUGCGGGGGGGUCCCCCUGUGGAUUACGCACCACAUCAUCAUCCUCCACCGCAACCACCACGGAUCUUGCCAAACUCGCAGUGGCCACGACCUUCCAGCCUCGGCAUGAAACCACCAACCCCCGACUCUCCUUCCUUGCUGCUGCUGCUGCCGCCGCCGCCCAUCGACAAGCUUCGUGCGUGCGUGCUGACGUGUACGGUGUGUCAUUUCACCACCCGCUGACGUUGAUGAUCAUGAUGAUGAUGAUGGCGGUGGUCGGUGGGAGUGCGUGGUUGUUGAUGGUGGGUAGCGCAACCAGAGCCGGCUUGUGUACAAGCCGGCCGCGGUGGCGCUUGAUGAACAUAUUGGCGAGUCCUUGGUUUGGCGCGGACGCUCGGCUCAUUCUAUGAAAGCUCGUUUUGCUUUUAUAAUUCUCGCGGGUUAUCAACAUCUUUUUUUGUUUGUUGUCGUGGUGAUGAUGAUGAUGAUUCCUGGGCACAAAUUCACGCCGAUUAAUCGCUGGCUUUAGAAGGCGGGUGAUGGUGGCGGUGGGCGGCUUUAGGAGGUAAAAACGCAAUUAUUAUUUUUGUUUAAUUUUUUUUCCUUUAUCCCCCCCCCGUCAUUUUGAUUUGGGGCUCUGCAAGCGCUCUGAUAAUUUCUGAAGCGUUACUUUUGCGCUACGGGCGAUUGGAUUUCUUUCUCUCUCUCUCGCUCUCUCGCUCUCCCUCCGACAUUUUUACAAGUGCAUUUCUAGCGGAAGCGCUCCACCACAACGCUUGGGCACGCACGGCCGAGGCUGUCAAAAACCUACGCACGACGUUCCCACCCGAUCGAUCUGACGGUGUAUAUAUGUAGCAACCGUGUUGCGGUGGCAACUGUAUUUUAAGAUGAGUCCAAAUAAAUCACGGGGAAGGGGGGUGGAGGUGGAGGGGCGGGGGAUGGGGUGUGGUGGGUAUUGGUGUUUGUAAAGAGAAAAAAAAAUACUAAUUAUUGUUACGAAUGAAAGUUCGGGUUGUUAAAACGCGGGGGGCGGGGGGGGGAAAUGUACGUAAAAACCUGAGAGCCGCCGGUUGUGUUUUCAUACGCGGCGUUUUUCCCCUCCUCUCCCACCCUCCGUUUCGACGGAAUUUGGUCAGGCGCGUCGCCGACUCGAAUCUUUCAUGAUCCGCUAAACCCAACGGGAAGCCCCCCCCCCCCUCCGCCCCCCCCGCCCACCGUCUUUCGCCCGACAAGACUUCCAAAAGCUUCCGCGGCCGCUCCGAUUCUCGUCCCCCGGGGCACCAGGCAACCCCCCCCACCGCCCGCCCCCUGUUCGCGUCGGGGGGGGGGGGGGGGGGUUGGCACGAGUUCCUCUCCAUCGUGGGCAACCGCCGUUGAUCUCCCACCCCCGCAACGUACGAACGUGAAACUUCUUUCGCACCGUCAAUGUCGCCAACCGCGCUGAUCGGCAGCUGCUCGGUUUUUUUCGACGAUUGGUGCCCCCCCCACCCCCCCCUCCCUCCGAGAUAAGCCCCCCCCAACCAGGAUUUUAAUUUCUCCGUGGUGGAGGUCCGUCAACGUCUCGGCUCUUAUCAUGACAGCGGCGGGGGAGGCGGAGCGUCAAAACUCAUUAAAAGACAGAUCAAGAGUUUCCAUUGGUUUUUUUUUAUUUAGCUGGUCCGCUUGCUUAAGGGGUCCUCCUCCCCCCCCAACGGUAUCGUAGCUUUCAGGCUGCCCCGGACCCCCAUCGGGAGGGGGCCCGGGGGGGGGGGUGGCGGUGAAGUCCGUCGUGCUGAGCCGGUUGGUUUAAGGCCCCCCCCCCCCCCCCCCCCCCCCCCCCCAAAUCGCCAGACCCUCAGAGUAUUUAUUCGCGGUUUGCUAUCCAGCAGCAGAAAAAACUCGCGCCUCCUGGCGAAGGAAGGACUUACCGCCACGUUGAGAUCCACGCCAGCACUUGUUGGCCAGACGGCGCGCACUCAACGUGACAGAAGUGAAUCGGGAGGCCGGCGCAGCUUUUAAAGUGUCGUUGCUUUCACCCCCAUCCCCAUACCCCGCCCGCCCGCCCCCCCCGUGAAAUCACGUUGCGUAUCCCCGCCUCAUCAAGAUCCCACCCCGUGGUGUAAGUCUCGACAGCCUUGUGGGCCAUUUGGCAAGCAGCGCCUGGCAAGGCCGGCAGCCACGCGGGCAUCUUGAGAGGACGCCGGUGCGCAGGCUUGGCUGGCGGAUUGACUCGUCGAUUCGCGUCACACGGCAAUCCGCUCGCUCGCUCUCUCUCUCUCUUUCUCUCGGGGCUUCAUUUCUACACAGGGCGCGCACCCACGCGCACGCACACACACACACACCAACACAAUUGUACAUACAAGACUUUAUUUGAUAACUUUGUAAUUUACUAAUUAUUGCAGGCGCGGUCGCUCCGCGCGGAGCGGGAAGGCGGAGGUGUGGAGGGAGUGUCGGGUCCCCCCCCGUCGGCCGUGCAUGUUCAUUUGUUUCUGUGGGGGCAGGGGGCGGUGCCGAGUGUGGAUCCACCACCCACACAACCAGAUCCCUACCCCACCAACCACCCCCCCCCCCACCCCUGCCUCGUGUGUUACUGGACACAAUAUAUUAUCUUUGUUAUAAUAACCCUACCGUAGCUGUUUAAAAAAAAAACCCGUGUUUCCAAUGUAUAGUUAGUGUGACAGGAAGGUGGUUAUUUUAUAUUAAAAUUCAAAUAAAAACACGUGUGUGCACACAUACAAAACCUCUUCUUCCUAUUCUCAACUCCCCCCUCCCUCUUCCACCAAACAGCAUUUCAUGAGUGGAGGGGGUCCACACCAUGGUUUCCACCACCCCCUUCCGACUCAUCCCCUAACCCUGGCAACACCCCGGACUCCGCGAGGUUUGGCUGUGGUUGGAACGCCACCCCCACCCCCGAGACCCACUCCCCAUUGCUUUUCUAUGUGACAAAUGUAACACUGUGCAAAAAAAAAACCGGAAUAAUAGGUCUCCCCCCCCCCUCCCGUAUGUUGUUGUACUAAAAUAAAGUGUUUUAUGAAGGUUGUA